AUGCCAAUUUCAGGAUAUAGCGGUCUAGUCGACGGACUUUUUCCAGAACCCUCCGAAGCAAUUCCUCGGUGCGGAAAGCCCGUGUGCAUUCUGGAAGCGGUAGGCCCAACAGCCAUAGAAGAUUUCAGGGACAGACAUAAUGCCGAAGAGAUGAUUACCAUGCGCAAUAACAACGUACCCCUUCCGGUCAUACCGGACGUGCCACACGCAACGCCAAAGGAGGCCACUGAAGCUGUACAAGGCUUAGUUCUUGACAACAAGACUGCGCCCGUCCUUUACCGUAUAUCUGCUUUUUACAGUAGCGGAGUCAAACUAUCGUCAGUACACAUAGAGGUACCCUUCCCCGAUAGACUCGACCUGCACACAAUUCAACUGGAUCCAGUCGGAGUCAACAUCAAAACAGGUAAGCGGGGCAUCGAUAUCACUAAGAUGAUUAUCGGCGACCUAGUCUGGGUCUACGCUCUAGCGCCUACCAUCAAGUUUGCUACCACAAAAAUGGCCCUACCCUGCACGGUAGAGGAAGCAUUCCACGCGCGCCAACCUAAUGUAUGGCGCGUGGCUCGCUUUGCCCUUAUACACCGCGAUCUGAUGCCCACGCUAGGCUUUGUAACAUCCAUCGUGUCAAGGCAAAACGGAGUAUUUCGCAUCUACAUGCAAGGACACCGUCAACUAGUGACUGUGAACCGAAACAGACUGCAAAACCCAAAGGACUCCCACAAGAUUCGCGCAAACUCAUUUAUAACAGCGCCAUUCCGUCCUAAGCAGCUCGACUACAUGGUAUUCGCCUGUAAACCGACCGAUAACGCUAGGGAAUUGACAUCCUAUAUGGCCGAAGUUCAAUAUUUCCCGAGCUCACCCCCGACGCCCUUCGACAUCAGGAUCACCUCCGCAGAACAUCAGCGGCAAGUCCAGGACAAACUCCGGGACUUCACCAUGUUCCAAACACGACCCACAGAGGUCCUUAAUUUCCUCGAGCCGUUGUACAGUGCCGCUUGCGGCACCAUCGCAGCCGUAGUAGCCGAC